AUGGCACCAGCUCUGGGGGAACCUCCGGCAACGGAGGAACGGGCACAGUUUGAGCUUGUUAUGAAGCACGGCCAUCACGACUUGGUCCAGGCAGUGGCAUUCAACGCCUACGGUGACCGCUGUGCGACGGGGUCCGUUGAUGGCAAGAUCAGGGUAUUCAAUCGCCACAAAGACAGCAUCUGGAGGCUGUGUGAUACUUGGACCGCUCAUGGAGGGGAGAUACUCGAGCUGCAAUGGCUUCCGCCAACCGUCUAUCCCAACCUCGUCGCAUCACUGGGAAUAGAGGGCCGCUUUAAGCUCUGGGCAGAGGACCCUUCCGCGGCCCCGGGCCGCCGCUUUGGCAACCGCUCAAAGGACAACGCCAAAGCCGCCUUCGAGCACCGCUCUCCGCGUGCGCCAUACCGCUCAUUCUCCCUCAAGCGCAAUGAGGAGACGCGCCAGACUCACCUCGCCCUAUUGGCGGCCGACGGCCGGCUGACCGUCUACGAGAAUGAGAUGUCUGAGAACCUCUCUGACUGGACUCAGAUGGAUGAGCUGUCGGUGUGUGACAAGCCCGCCCGCGGCGAGGAGACGUCGUUCCGUGUGCGCUUCGAUCCCAACAUCGACCCCUGCUACAAUGCCUUGCGCGCCGGCAUGCCCACCGACACGCUGAGUCUGGUGGUCGCCGCCAUGGACAAGGUCAAGAUCUACCGCACCCGCGACGUCGUCAUCCACUCCUACGGCGUCCCGUCGACCAAGAAGGAGUUUUACGAGGCCGCUGUGGUGUCAGCGCACCGAGGGCUGGUCAGGGAUGUCGCAUGGGCGCCUGGCAAUAUCAGGGGCUACGACAUCAUUGCAUCGGCCUGUAUGGACGGCUACGUGAGGGUCAUACGGGUCGACACUCCGCACGACAGCAACGACGGCAGGUUGUGGUCGUCGAGCGACCUGGUCAAGGGCGGCUCCCGUCCUGAAGCCUCUUUUAGGGCUGCUGGGAACGGAUCAGGUGGGAGCCAGGCACAGCAGCCCUCGGGUAUCAGCCAGGGCGUGCACCAUCCCACAGCCGAAGGCGACAGGAGGAAGAACCAGGCCGGCCACAUCUACCAUACAAUGCAAUCGCUGUCCAUGCUGGAAAACCACAGGACUCCAAUGUGGAGGGUCGGAUUCGACGACGAUGGACAGAUACUGGGGUGUGUUGGGGAUGACGGCAAGCUGUUGUGUUUCCGGCAGCAGGCCGAUGGACAGUGGCGCAAGAGCUCAGAAAUCGGUAUCAUGAAGAUGAAGAUGGCCGUCCCGUCCUGA